CACACUGGGAAGAUAUUUCAUAUAUGGGUGAGCUGAUCACACAUAAUAUCAUUAUGAGUUGGCAUGUAUUCCAGUGUCACUCACAAUUAUUCAAGAUUUUAAGGCCUUGUUAAGCAUCUUUAUCUAAGACUAUCCUUAAAAUUGGUUUCUUGGUUUUGAGUAAGUUGAUAAUAACAUUCUCUCCCUGCUUUUUCCAUUUCAGUUACAGGCACUUUGUUGCAAGGUCAGGAGUUAAAGAUGUAUUGCUGUAGAAGAAAGAAUUUUAUGGUGGUAGUUUCUUUUCUAAUUGUUCUGUCCUUUGAAGCAUACUUGUGGCUGAUGCAAACCCCUUUGCUGCCACAAACAAUACAGUCAACUGAUCUCUGCAAAGGUGAAAUUGCCAAUGAUACAAUAACAGCUUUAAAAUAUAAUAAAACAUUCAUCAUUUCACCGUAUCACGAUGACAGACAAGGAAACCUAACUCGUGUGAUUGCAAUAGUGCGCUACAAGAAAAUACAGGACCUCUAUUGUUGGUUUUGCUGUAGUCAUGAUGGCCAUGUCUCCAUAAUAAGAGCAGCCAUAGACAUUCACUUUCAUAGAACUGAUUUCCCUUUUGGUCCAGCAGAUAUUGUGUGCUCGGAACCCAGAAAGUGCUCUCCAAAAUACGUGUCCAUUCAUUCAUCUCCUAGAGGGAAAAUCGACAAGCUACCAAGGUUUGAAAUAAAAAACCGUGUGCCCGAGGAUUCAUUUUCUGCUGAAUUCACUCUUUGUCUCCCUGUCAUGUUUGGAAACUACAACAAUGUCUUGCAGUUCAUACAAAGCAUGGAAAUGUAUAAAAUUCUUGGUGCACAGAAAGUGCUGCUCUACAUGUACAACUGCAGCCAACUCAUAGAGAAAGUAUUGGAAUUUUAUGUUGCAGAAGGUACCAUUGAAAUUAUUCCAUGGCCAAUUUAUUCAUAUGUUAAUUUCUCUUCUUUCUGGUAUUCUACCAAAGACUGGGACUAUGGGAAAGCUACAGUCCUAAAUGAUUGCAUCUACCGCAAUAUGUACAGGAGCAAAUAUGUGGUUCUUAAUGACAUUGAUGAAAUUAUCCUACCCAUUAAGCAUCUGAGUUGGAAAACAAUGAUAAGUUAUCUUGAGGAUCGAAAUCCAGAGACAGGCAUCUUCUUGUUUGAGAAACAUUUAUUUCCUCAGCAUAUCUUUUCCUCUACAGACACACUCAACAUUUCAUCCUGGAAAAUGGUCCCAGGAACUAAUAUACUACAGCAUAUUUACAGAGAGCCCAUUAAACUGAAGUUCAGUAAUCAGAAAAAGAUGAUCAUUAAUCCAAGAGCAGUGGUUCAGACUUCAGUCCACGCCAUUCUCAAAGGUUAUAGUAAGACGCUGGUAGUUCCCAAAGAGAUUGCAAUUCUUUAUCAUUGCAGACAGUAUGUUGAAAAAGAGGUCCCUGGAAAAUACCUCAUUAGGGACGCAACGAUCUGGAGAUACAAUGUUUCUUUGAUUAAUAAUGUUAACAACAUACUUAAAAAACAAUUCCCUAGAAAGAGUUCCAAGCUUAGAUGGAAUAAAUUCUAGGGAGGCAUUGUAGCUUUU